AUGGCUGAACCCCUACUAUCCCGGAUUCCUGUCAUUCAUGGAGGGUUCACUGGUACGCUGUGCCAGGAGGCGGUGGUGUUCUGCGACGAGAGCCCCUGCCACAACGGUGCCCUCUGCGUCAUGGAGGACCACAACGCCACCUGCUACUGUGUGCCGGACUACCACGGCACUCACUGCCAGGACCAGUACAACGACUGCCUGCCCUACGCCCCCAGGUGCAUGAACGGUGGGGAGUGCAUCGACGGGGUGGACAGCUUCCUGUGCAGCUGCCCAAGCCCCAGCUCGGGGGUCCUGUGCCAGUGCCUUACCACCCCUCGCGGUCAAAUCUGCCAGCAGCUGCCUCACUGGUACCAGGACAAGCCUUACCAACCAGUGGGCGUCGUCGAGGAUGUAUUUCAUCACUGGGUUAACGUCAGCCAUGUAUUCAACGAAUCACUAACUGAUUAUUUCCCUUCUCCAACGUCAACAGACGAUACUUAUGUUUACCCAACGAGUUCUGUUGAUAUCUCAGACUAUGAUGUCUUCCCCACCGAGACAGUUUCCCCCAGUAUUGAAGUUGUUUCAACCCUUUCCCCCACACUUCCGCGGGAACUUCCGCCGUCUUCUGUGAUAAGUGCCAAAGAAUCGCCAGUUUAUAGUGAAUUAGAGUCCUCCAGUGUGCCUUACUCUUCCAGCGAGCUGUUCGAGUCCAUCUUCCCCUCUGCGAGCAUCUUCCCUUCUACGAUGGAAUGGAGCGAAUUUUGGUCUAUAGAGCCAUCGCCAGUGCUUCCAAUCGCGCCAUCCUCGCCUGUCGAAGACUCUGCGGUAUUGUCGUCAGAGUUCGUGACCUCGACGUCUGUGCCAGACAUCGUCCCCACACACGUCCUUGAGGACUCCUUCCCCACGCUCUCAGUGGAACUCGUUUCUUUGUCCAUUGUGUCCGUGUUCGACGUAAGUACCACGCCUGUUUUCGAUUCAUUACCCGCCCUAGAGCCUACUCCUGUGCUCUCUAUCGCCAGUAGCUUUCUAGAAACCGCGACCUCUGUACUCGUAGAGCCCCCGACCUCUGUCUUCGUAGAGCCCGCGAUCUCUGUCCUCACAGAGACUGCAACUUCUGUUUUCGUAGAGCCCGCGACCUCUAUCCUCAUAGAUACCACAGCUUCCUCGCCAACCUAUACUUCCGACAUAGUCACCGCGACGUUCCUGCCAGAUGAUGACGGGCUCAGGAACCAAACCUUUACACCAGAGGCUGACUUAGCUAGCACACCUCCCAUUCUACUGCCGGGAGACGACGCAUCCACUGAUACUACCAGAUUUACCGAAGACUUUACCACCCUUGCGCCCCCAGCCUCACAACUCCCCGAAAAUGAAACUAGCUAUCCCACUGGUGAAGAAGAUGAGGUUACAGAAUCUUAUAACGCUACAGGAUACAUCACCCUUGGCUCGGAGGAGCCCUCGCUCACCACAACGUCCUUCACCACCAUACCGUCGGAUAAUUUUACCGAUGUUGGCUUGGGGGUGUCGACGACGGACACCACGCCGGCGGUUAACGCCACAGGCGAACCAUUUACCACAAUCUACGAUACCGUCGUAGUGCCAAUCGAGACGGCCACCCCACCGUCGUCCAGGCCUCCCGAGUACGAGGAUACUGGAGGCCUGGCAUCAUCCACAGACUCAGCCUCGUCCACUACACCGCCAGGUUAUGAGGACACUGGAGGUACAACACCCACUACAGAUUACCGCCCAACAGAUGGUGGGACAACUUUCUUCACACCAGACACUGAAAGACAUCUUUCAUCAACUAUUACUGCGACAACGAAAGUUUAUGUGAACAUAACUACCGUGAGCAUGGAUGAAUAUGAUGAGAACACCACGUCUCCUGCGCCUACUGAUGAGUACAAUGCAACCGUUACCGUGCCGCCGGACAUAACAACAGUAGACGCCGUAAACGUGACAGUGAACGAGACACUGAGGGUGACAGAGGCUGGCCUGGCCCUGACUCCUGGACCGACACCUGUUUCACCCGUCCCCACAUACACUGCCGCUCCCACACCCGCAACACAUGUGACUAUGCACGACAACAUCUCCACAUAUAUGCCACCAUUUAAUGAGUCACUCUUCAUCACAGAUGUGUUCUACAACGAGUCCUUCACGUCAGAUUUUACUACGAUUAUUGAUUCCACAUUUACUACAGACUAUACUCCAACUAAUGUGUCCUACAUCACGGAUAUGUCUGUAUUUGAUGAUUCCUCUACGACACACCCAACAUUGCUUGAUGAUUCCUUUACAACAGAACUAUCAACUUAUGACACAUCUUUCACCAGUGAGUUUUUGUAUCCUAAUGAAUCUUUCACCACAGCUAAUACCUCCACAGUCACCCCACACUUCACGACAAUAUUCAGUUAUGUCACAGAGAAGACGACAGUCAGUGACACCUAUACAGCCGACCAAACGACUCCGGACGAUUACUACAUUAAAAUAAACGACACGUCUACAGCUGUAAUGACGACGACUGAGAGCACGGUGGAGACGUCCAGUGUGUCCCUCCCGACCGAGGCGCCGCUGACGGACACUGCAGAGCCACUGACUGAAGGCCUCCCUGUCACUGAAGGAGGACCACAGACCUUAACAGUGACAAAGGUACAGACCGAGGCAGGAGUCACUACUGAUGGUGAAGUUGAUGAACCCUCCAUUACACGCGCCUCUUCCACCACGCUGACAACUGGCUUAGUUGAUGUAUUCACCGUAGUCACUCAACCUCCACAAGAUCUCGAGAAUGUAACUAUACCCGACUCCGAAUUCCUGUAUAAUGCUUCCGUGAACGGGUUUAAUAUCACCUCAACAGCUAUUUCUCCUGUAGCAACUGAGAUUCCAGUCUUUCCAAAGCCUGAAGUGCCUUUGCUUCCUGCAACGAGUGAGUCUGCCACAGAGGUACCACCAACUCAGACUCCAGUCGGUACCACUGAGCCAUCUGUUACUCCUCUUCCUCUUUUCCCUCUUACUACAUCUACAUCUGUCACCUUCACCACUGCGGCUCCCAACGUUACAUUCCAGGUCCCGACGACACUCACUCCCACCUCCGUCGUGCCCGGCCUCGCCACUACGACGGAACCUGACGAGGACGACCACACCGCCAGCUCCAGCGUCGAGGAACCGGUCUUGGAGACGACAUCUCAGAGACCAAGAGAACCUCCUACGACCCUCACAGACACCAGUGUGGUUCCCACGACCACCAGCACCACACGACCAACAGCCCUCACCCCCACAGAGACCCAAAGUGACCAGCCUCCAGCAGUGGCGUGUGGCACAGGCUUCUGCCUCAACGCUGGAAUCUGUGUCUUCCGCGACGCUAACUUCUCAUGUCAGUGUCCCUUCAACUACCGCGGCGCCUCCUGCGAGGUCUACUUCUACAUCAACAAACCUUAUUUCGUCGGUGCCUCCUACCUGGGCGUUUAUGUCGGCAACAUGUCGCUCCGUCGGGGCGUCCAGGUGUAUGUGCAGUUCACCUCGCAGGACCCCAAUGGCCUGGUGGCGUACAGCGAGGGCUCCAGCGACGCCUUCUUCAUGCUGCUCCUCCGAAACUCCCUCUUGCAGUUCGUCUUCUCCUGCGGCCUCCAAACAGUGUCAUUCCUGCAGGGCAACGAUAAGCUCUCCAGGAACUACCUGACUGAUGUCUCCGUCAGGAUGUGGUGGACCCCCUACAGGCACGACGCUCCCUGGGGCCCCGGCAUGUGCAGCGCCUCCAUGCAGGUGAACGGGACGGCGCCAAUAUACAGCGAGCAGAGGUCGUCGAGCCCCUGGGUGCGCCUGGGGCUGCUGUACCUGGGCGGGCUGCCCUCCUCCUACUCCUCCCCGCUGGUGGUCAAGGCCGGCUUCCUCCCGAGGCUCAAGGGUUGUGUCUCCUUACUCGAGGUGAACGGGCGGGAGGUAGACACGUGGGUGUCGAGCGUGUCCGGGGAGCGUGUGGAGGAGUGCGGGUCGGCGCCGUGUCCCUCGGGCUCCUGCUACAACGGCGGCUCUUGCGUCCCGGGUCCCGCCCUCUGGUCCUGCCGCUGCCCGCCAGGAGUUUUGGCAGUUUUCAGUGCCUUGUAA